AUGGGUGUUCUUGCCAAAAUCGAAGACAGGCCUACGCCGCCAUGCGUCUACAACUGGCGUGUCUACCUCUCAGCUGUGGUCGCGGCGUUCUCUUCUUGUAUGAUUGGUUACACUACGUCUUUCAUUGGCACUACAGUCGCGCUUCCGUCGUUCCAAGAGUAUUAUGGUCUUGAUCGAUUGAGCGACUCUAAGGCUAGUUUCAUUUCAGCCAACAUCGUCUCUCUGUUCCAGGCCGGUGCUUUCUUUGGCUCAAUCUUUGCAUACACGACCUCGUACUUCCUUGGUAGAAGAGCGAGUAUCUGGAUUUUCAUCACCGUUUUCAUCGUCGGCGCGGGCAUCACCUUGAGCCCAAGCCACACCCUAGGUCCUAUGUAUGCUGGUCGAGUCAUCUCCGGGUUCGGUGUAGGCGGUUGUACCAUGGUGGUCCCAAUCUUCUUGUCUGAGAUCGCCCCACCCGCCAUUCGAGGUAGACUUGUCGGCUUGUACGAACUAGGCUGGCAGACCGGUGGACUUGUCGGCUUCUGGAUCGUGUUCGGCGUAUCAGAUUCGGACGCUUCGGCUCUUGAGGGUAAAAUGCAGUUCACGGUACCGUUCGCCAUCCAGCUUGUGCCUGCCGGACUGGUCCUGAUUGGCAGUAUCAUGCUCAAGGAGACACCGCGCUGGCUUUUCAGCAAGGGACGCCGCGAGCAAGCGAUCAAGAACCUCUGCUGGAUCCGUAAUCUCGAACCCACUGACCAGUAUAUCAUCGAGGAGGUUGAGAUGAUGGAGGCUGCGAACGAUCAGAUACCCAAAGGCUUCUUCCAACCAAUCAAGCUUGCCCUCACCGAUAGGAAGAUUCUGUGGCGCCUCUUCCUUGGUCACAUGCUGUUUGUGUUGCAAAACUUCUCUGGUAUCAAUGCUAUCAACUACUACUCUCCGACUAUUUUCAGGACGAUGGGCAUUAACAGCGACUACACUGUCGAUCUCAUGACUGGUAUCUUCGGUAUCUUGAAGACUGUGAUGACCGUGUUGUGGCUUACCGUCCUUGUCGAUAAGUGGGGUCGCCGUCAACUCCUUGUCUACGGCUCUAUCGCCGGAGCCUCAUGCAUGUACAUCAUCGGUGCUCUCAUCACGUCAAACACCAGCCGCAGCAGUAGCGCAGCACCGUCCGAUCACUUGUCUUCUCAAGGCAUUGCUACCAUCGUCAUGAUCUACCUUUGGACCACCUCCUACAUCCCUUCCUGGAACGGCACUCCCUGGGUCAUUAACUCCGAGAUGUUCACGACCGCAACCCGCAACGUGGGGCAAGUCUCUGCUUCAAUGUCAAACUGGCUCUGGACUUUCAUCAUCGCCCGCUUCACCCCUGAUAUGAUUUCAAGUAUGGGGCCUGACGGAUGCGGAAUGUACUUCUUCUUCGCCGGUAUGUCGACGUUGUCAUUCUUCUUCGUCUGGUACCUCCUUCCCGAAACAAAGUCUGUGCCGUUGGACAAGAUGGAUCGCUUGUUCGAGAUUUCACCAGUGAGGAAAGCUCAGCCUAUUCUGAUGCAGGAGCUGCAAGACGAGAAUCUGGAGAUGAGCUUGCACGCUGGCAAGAGGAUGAGUACAUCGAGUGAGCACAGAGCGUGA